AAAAGAAGCAGUUUCCGCAGCCUUCUUCGUUACUUUGAAGGCCUCGUAAGCGAAGUUUGCAUUUACACAAAGCCAAAGACCCAUUUGUCUUCUUCUUUCCCCCCCUUAAUUACGUCUACACCCCUGGUAGUUGACAACUCUCUCUCUCGAUCUUUGGGAUAGCAUUCCACAACGACGAUAGCAUUCCACGGCGACGAUGGGUCACAACAAUCUCAAUGCAAAGCUCGUUCUGCUCGGUGACAUGGGAGCUGGUAAAUCGAGCCUCGUCUUGCGUUUCGUCAAAGGCCAAUUCCUCGAAUUCCAGGAAUCGACGAUCGGAGCGGCGUUCUUUUCGCAGACGCUGGCGGUGAACGACGCCACCGUGAAGUUCGAGAUCUGGGACACGGCUGGCCAAGAGAGGUACCAUAGCUUGGCCCCCAUGUACUACAGAGGCGCUGCUGCUGCUGUCAUCGUCUAUGACAUUACUAGCACGGAUUCAUUUACACGGGCUAAGAAGUGGGUGCAAGAACUUCAGAAGCAAGGUAAUCCUAACAUGGUAGUAGCACUCGCUGGGAACAAAGCUGAUUUGGAAGAUAAGAGGAAAGUGACGGCUGAAGAGGCACGUUUAUAUGCUGAAGAAAAUGGUCUUUUUUUCUUGGAGACGUCUGCCAAAACUGCUGUUAAUGUCAAUGAUGUUUUCUAUGAAAUAGCAAAGAGAUUGCCCAGAGCUCAGCCUGCUCAAAAUCCAGCCGGGAUGGUUCUUGUGGACAGACCAGCGGAAGGAACCCGGGCUGCAACAUGCUGUUCUUAAGUAUUGUCUUUGUCCCAAUCUGUGAAUCAAUCUCUUAUCCAUGGCUUUCUUAAUGAAUUUAUUAUUUUUUGCUUGCUUGUGGCGCUGUAAUGUAAGUGACUUUGAAAAUGAUCAACUGGAAGUGUUGAAUA